GGAUUUUCUCAGAACCCGCCCACAAGUAAUGCACUUCGCAAGGAACGGGACUAAGCGCUGUCUUCACCUGGCCACCAUCCUGACUUGAUAUUGGGCCAAAUCAAGUCGACCUGUGUCUGAUAAGGUAACAACAUGGCAACCACAGCAUUAAGAUCCGUGCUGAAGGCAAAGGUAAGUUGAAAGUUUUAUAUCCAUAACUCUACUGAGUUGCAAAUGACGCAGAUAGAUUUGACAGCUCACAUUGUUUACAAAGUGCCAGGUGUCAUGUGCUGCAGGAUUUGCUUUCCUUCUUUCUUUGCAAGCCGUUACUUUUCAUUUAGGGGUUUGAAUUCUUGGCUAUCCUCUUCAGAUGAGUUUUCUGAUCAAAUGCUAUCACCCUUCAGACUUUUAUUCAAAGUAUAACCUCCUUAAAGCUGAAUUAUAAUAGAAAUAACUGUUAUGGAAAAAGUAAACCUAAAUAAAAUGUGUCACCUUGGCCCUGUUGCUGCACCCAUUCUUCUAGUUCUCGCCAGUCCUCUUGACUUUGUCCCCUUCAGGCCUCUUCAUAAGCCCACACUUUGUGAGUUGCUCAUUAAUCUCGUAGGCCAUCAGGUUGCAACAGGAAGCAGCCAGUAUUAUGUUUGUAGUGCUAGUGGGAAUAUGCAAUUCAGAGUUCCAGUCACAGUAUUAUCAUGAAAUGGAUGGAUAACAUCAACCACAUUAUGAUUUCUGCUGUUUUUUUUCUCAGGUCCCACUCAGAGUUGGCCGCAUGUGCUACUCCUCCUCAGUGGUGAGAACAAUAUACACCUACCUACUGCCAGUCUGUUGUCACAUAUUACAUCAAAUGUCGUGGAUAGGUAAUAAACAUACACGCAUCUCUCCUUACAGCCCACAACCAAGCUGUUUAUUGAUGGCAAGUUUGUUGACUCCAAGACCACAGAAUGGCUGGAUGUUCACAAUCCUGUAAGUUGUUGCAUGAAGUUGGUUUAAUAAAUCCAGACUGUGGCUGAAGGGCUUAAUGAAUACCAUGCUGUAGUUGGUAGCUCUGACGUGGUUUAUGGCUGCACAGUUGUUCAACCUGUUUGGUUUGACAUAAGCUUUGGAUUGUCUGUACAUGCAUUUAAAACAAACACAAACCUGUAGAAUAGCAAGGUGUAAUUUUGUCUACCACAGCAUGAAUAAAUACAUCUACAAUACUGAGAUGACUGAUUGCUAGCAGGAAAAAACAAAGACCUAAAACUGUUCUCCUGGAACUCGAUGUGGAAAUCCUGCCGUUUGUUCCUGACAAACUCUGACCUGCAGAUUUAUGAAAAACCCACAUCUCAGUUAAACAUCAGCCAGGAUUCACUUGUUACAUAACUUAAUGUGAACUAAAACAGCACGUGCUGAUUAGAACAAAUUGAUCUUUAGCCUGUUACUGUAACUUGAACCAAUGGUGCUCCUUUUUUUCUUCGCUACAGGCAACCAAUGAGGUAAUCUACCGUGUGCCCAAAGCCACCCAGGAAGAGAUGUUGGCUGCCGUGGACUCCUGCUCCAAAGCUUUUACUUCUUGGUCUGAAACCUCCAUCUUGGCUCGGCAGCAGGUUUUCCUGCGCUAUCAGCAGCUUAUCAAGGACAACAUUGUAAGUCAAAGGGUCCCAGAGUAUAAGUAUAAUAAACGUGAAGCUGAAAACAAAGAAGUGACACAAGGGUUGUCCUUUGUUUCAGAAAGAACUUGCAAAGUCUAUCACAGUGGAGCAGGGCAAGACCCUUGCAGAUGCAGAGGGAGAUGUGUUCAGAGGAUUGCGUAAGUUUAUCUCACUUAUACAAGUGCACACACAGAUUGGCUCUACGAAGGGCAACACAAGUGAACCUUUUCAUGUUAUGUUUGCUUCGGCUGUUAAGGGAAAGUUGAUGAGUUCUACUCGCGCUGCAUGAGCAUGAAUCAGAAGAGUCUUUUGAAAGACUGCUACAAAUAAUCACCUCUGCCCCACAUGUGUGAAUCAUUGUUUGAGACUGAUAUGAAAAUAUUGAUUUCAAUCCUCUUUCACUCCCUUCUUUGUUGCAGAUUGUAAUUCUCCUACAUCAAACCCUUGACUAAUGAGAAGUUUUAGUUGGCCUUCACAAAUACAUCAUUAAAGAUUAAUUAUCUUUGCUAAUUUUAACCCCACCCAAUGUCCACACCAGAAGCAGUUUGAAUAAAGCACAUAAUUAAACACAUAUCAGAACACAUUUGCAAAAUAAUCCAAAUGUCAUGAGAUUAUGUUUCUGUCUUUUGUUUGCAGAGGUUGUGGAGCACGCCUGCAGCAUCACCUCUCUAAUGCUGGGUGAAACUCUGCCCUCCAUCACAAAGGACAUGGACACCUACACAUACCGCCUGCCUCUUGGGGUGUGUGCUGGCAUUGCCCCCUUUAACUUCCCCGCCAUGAUCCCUCUGUGGAUGUUCCCCAUGGGUAUGGUGUGCGGGAACACCUACUUGCUAAAGCCCUCAGAACGAGUGCCGACAUGCGCCAUGCUGCUGGCCAAGAUGCUGCAGGAUGCCGGCGCUCCAGAUGGGACGCUCAACAUCAUCCACGGUCAACAUGAUGGUGAGAGUUUGUGUGCGACAUUUUUAGUCUGUGACUGACUUGGUCAUUUUUUGUGUCUCAGCUUAUCUAUGGUGUAGAUGAAAGUGAUCUGUUAAUCUUGGCAAGGUAUAGUUUUCUGAAUAUAUUUAAUUGUACUUAAUAUGAAUUUCAAGUAGUUCUUGAAAUGUUUGAACUAAAGUCAAUCAAAGUUACUUGAUUAUCACAAAAUGUAUCACAAGAUAUCUUUCAUAUCUAUGCAGUUAAUUUACUGUUGUCAAAGAAGACCCUCAGGUUUUAGUAAAAAAAUUGAUGUAAUUUGUUAUUAUGGACAUUCUUUACUAUUUCUGUCCCAAAAAACAGAAUAGAUUAAAAAAAUAACCACCUAAUCUCAGUUUUUGUUUUUUUCCGUUGUCAACUAUUGUGUUAUUGGGAAAAUAGCUGAAUUAUCUGUGUAAUCUAGUUCCACACAGUAUUUUAAACAUGAGUACUAAUAUUUUUGAUUUAAAAGAAUAAAUUUCAAUUUCUCCCACAGCCGUGAACUUCAUCUGUGACCACCCUGCUAUAAAAGCCAUUAGUUUUGUUGGCUCCAAUCAAGCUGGGGAGUACAUUUAUGAGAGGGGAUCUAAAAAUGGCAAGAGGGUCCAGUCAAACAUGGUGAGUAGGACACUGUGAUGCCAGACAGUUGCUUUAGUAAAUGUCCAGGAGGUGGCAGCAUUGGUCCAUAGAUUCUUGUUGCUUCUCCUCACUGCCAGCUGUGCAGAGGUGAAGAGUGUUAAUCAGAGAUUGCAGCUGUGCAUCACUGAUAAAGAGCCAAGUUGUGAAUAAUGGGUGUUCCAGCUAUCAAAUUUUAAGUGUGUCCAUCAACCUCAUAAGGAUUGAAUUUGUGAAAUUUGGAGGUUGUUUUAAUGUUUUUUCUAAUGUUGACAUCAAACAGUUGGAGGGUAACCACUUCUUAUGCACUGUAGGGAGCCAAGAACCAUGGUGUGGUAAUGCCUGAUGCAAACAAGGAGAACACUCUGAACCAGCUUGUGGGUGCAGCGUUUGGGGCAGCGGGACAGCGCUGCAUGGCCCUAUCCACGGCCAUUCUGGUGGGCGAGGCUCGGAGCUGGCUGCCGGAGCUGGUGGACCGAGCCAAGGCCUUGCGAGUGAACGCAGGUACCGCACCCCAUCACUCCACCCUUCACCUCUUUCUCUCCUGAGCCUCUGUGCACUAAGGGCCCUCAGUUCAGUCAUUUUGGUGGCCACCCACGCCGCCCUAACCGCACCUCUUGCUUUUUGCGCUGUUGUAACUUUACGUUGGAGUCAGCUGGGCCCGUUGAGUCAGCCAUGCUGCAAAUUUGUGGCCAGAUCCGCAGCUCAGGCAUAAAUAGCGGUCCAGAGCAUCAAAACCUUUUCAGAAAGGAAUGAUGUGGAGUAAAAUUGAGAAGGAUUUUCCCUGUUUGCCGUGAUAUGGACUCUAAUUUGUGUUGUACACAGGAAACCCAUAAGUAUCCAUUUUUGAGGGUGUGCCUGAAGGUGCCCCUCGUCCUGGCUUUUGCGUGUUUGCGGCAAAAGACAUAUUUGAAUGUCAUACCCAUAAUGUGCUCACAUCAUGUGAAUGCCUUUCUAUGUAACCUUAUAGCUGGUUGUUUUUUGGGGCCCUGCUAGGAGACCAACCUGGAGCAGACGUUGGGCCCCUGAUCUCUCCACAGGCCAAGGAGAGAGUAUGCAGUCUUAUCCAGAGUGGCGUGGAAGAAGGAGCUUCUCUGCUCCUGGAUGGCAGAAGUGUUAACGUCAAAGGUUAUGAGAACGGCAACUUUGUGGGACCGACUAUCAUUGGCAAUGUCACAGUACGUGGGUUUAUUAUCUUAAUUUGAGUUAGAAUCCGAGCCCGGUGAAGAGAAAACUCUAACAUGCUGAAUUUUGUGCUCUGCAGCCUAAGAUGAAGUGCUACACUGAGGAGAUCUUUGGGCCUGUGUUGGUUGUUCUCGAAGCAGAGACUCUGGAUGAUGCCAUCAGUAUGGUCAACAACAACGUCUAUGGCAACGGAACAGCUAUCUUCACCACAAAUGGUGCCACUGCACGCAAAUACACUCAUGAGGUGGACGUGGGCCAGGUGAGUGGCUGCAGCCUCCAAAUGUGUUCCUCAGUUUUGAGAGAAAGGAGACAUUCACAUCAGCCUGUCAUGUCUAUGCAGCAUCUCAAACAAGGGGGAUCAUCACUUUUCCGUUUACAAAACCUUCACACACAUUAAAAAAAACAAUUAUUUUCCAUGUCAAGUAUAGCCUUGUUUGCCCCUAACCUAAAAUAAACAGCUUUAGCAUUCCCCUUCCCUCCACUUCCCCACUGGUAAAGGCUACAAAUAGCAACAGCAAAUAUAUGUUUUACCUGAAAACAGGGGGACAUAGAAACAUUUUUCCGGGUAGUACUCGAGGAGGGAAAUCUUAAAUUUAACUCAAAAAGGGAUUCCUAGGGACCUGUUCAUCAUUUUAGCGUACACACAGGCAGCCUUUAGCCUGUUUGUUUGCCUGUGGAGCCCUAGUUAUGCCCUGUGUUUGCUGUUCACAUGUCGGGGAAUGCUGUGCAGGCCAUGUGCUGUACUCUUCUCCAAACCUCGAUGCAACAAACAUCUACUUUCCUUUUUUUUCCUUCCUGCACCUUCGCCAAAAGGCCUUAGUGUUCCAAAUGUAUUCCCGCUGUUUCAAAUAUUUAAAACCAACCACGCCAAACCUCUACUGCUUUCAUAACAAAAUGUUUUAUUUAGUUUUUUUUCGCUUUUAAUAAGAGUGUGCUGUGCUGUAACAUGAGCCGCAGGUUGCUGUCAUGUAAGCUUGCUGAACACGGGUAUACCACAUUUUUCAUCUGCUGCAUCUCACUCAUCGCAGCAAUCUAGCAUCAAGGGGAUUUGUUUUACAAAGCUUUCAAUUAUGGAACUGAACAGACAAAUACUUGUCAUCUACAGGUGGGAGUCAACGUUCCCAUCCCAGUGCCACUACCCAUGUUCUCCUUCACUGGAUCAAGAGGAUCUUUCAGAGGAGACAUGAACUUCUACGGAAAACAAGUAUGAAAUACAUAAGCAAGCAUUGUGUUGUUCCAGGUGUAACACACAGACAUACAGUGUGUUGUUUAUGGAAAUGGUUUUAUUUUUUUCUCUGCAGGGUAUCCAGUUCUACACACAAAUAAAAACAGUCACCUCACAGUGGAAAGCAGAGGAUGCCACUUUGAAAAGCCCUGCUGUUACCAUGCCAACUAUGGGGCGCUAAAUACUCCCGAAUGCUACUGUUAGAAGUUCAAAGAACCAGAAGACUUGGAGACUAAUAUAAAACCAUUAAUGUGAAUAUUUUAUUAACAGAAAUUUUGAAUACUUUUGCAGACUUUAUGUUCGAUUUGAUGCCUUUAAAUAAAAAGACUGUGGCCAAGAUUUCAAUGUGAACAGCUGAGGCAAUGUUUUCAUUUCAAUGUCAUUACCUCAAAUACAACAGUACUGAAACUCCUACUAACGGUGAAGUGUGUACAAUCCACAUAAAUCAUACCCACUUUGGACAUACUGCAUUAUGUUCCCCUGACUCAACAUCCACUGUUUGUUUACUGAUAUGUUUUUCUCCAGUGUAUAUUUAGAUACCACAGUACCUUUUGGUUGGAAAGUUUUUUUUGUUUUUGUUUUUUUAAAGGAAACAGAUCCUUUAAAUGAAGUCACACAAACAUCAUAUAGUCACGAGUCAUGUUUUGAUGCACAGCAAGAUAUUUAUAAAGAGCACAAACAAACAGCUGUGUGCUCCACAGUAUACGUGAUUGACACUGUGGGAGGCACACAAAGCAAAGGCAAACAAUCCAGAGUUCGAUGUGCUCUGCAGAGGCCAAACAGAGGUCAUGUGGUGUGUAUAUCCGGUAAGCUGGUUGGGUUCGGGGGCAGAACGGGCUCAGGCGCCUCUGUGAUGAAGGUGGCCGGGGACUGCUCCUCUCUAAUUCUGCAAGACAGUCAUCAUUAUGCAAUGCUGAAAUGCAACUGUCUAAUAAAUCACAUGUUAGCAGUUAUGUUCACACAGCCCAUGCUUUCUAAGCUAAACAUGG